AUGCCCAAGUAUCUUUCCAAUCUGAUCGUCAUAUACUCCAAGGAGAAGUAUUCUCAGCCUGAUGACAUAGUCACCGAGCUGCAAGGAUUGCCAUCGGAUAUCAACAAGGGCAUGGGUGGCUUCUUUGUGUGGCUCCACCCACAAUGGACCGCAGAACAAGCACAAGCGAUCACCCAUCUAUCAUUUGAAAUGCCAAACAGUGAGAUCAGAAAUUACAACAAUUUGGCUUUGGGAAAGGAUGAUUACCGGUAUAUCACUGCCGAGCGCAAUGGGGAGACGCCGGUUACAAGAGUUGGCCUCUUUCGCACUAAGGACAAACUUACUGUGGAACAGAUCAAGACACGCAUCGGGCAAAGCGGAUAUACGGACUACACCACCGAUAUUAAUCAAGGCCGUAAAGGGGACUAUUUGUACCUUGUAUGGGCAUAA